AUGCAGAAGAAGCGAAACGACAAAAAGGAGGGCGUAAAGCCAAAGAAGAAGAGCGACAACCAGACCGUCGACGGCUGGGAGCUAACAGUCGGCAUCGAAAUCCACGCGCAGCUCAACACCGCCCGCAAGCUCUUUUCCCACGCCACGGCCUCGUCCAACGAUGACCCAAACACCCACGUGGCGCUCUUCGACCUUUCCAUACCGGGCAGCCAGCCGCUUUUUCAAGAACACACGUUGAUCCCUGCCCUGCGCGCCGCCCUGGCCCUCAACUGCGAGAUCCAGCCCGUGAGCCGCUUCGACCGGAAGCACUACUUCUGGUGGGACCAGCCGGCGGGAUACCAAAUUACGCAGUACUACGAGCCGUUUUCUCGCAACGGGCACUUGACGCUCCUGGCGAGAGACGGCAUCGCGGCCGAGGACGGGGAGGGCGCUGUGCUCAACUCGGUGGACGCUUGCGUCUCGGGCAUGGAGCUGGGUGGGCUACGUGCCGACGUCAAUGUCUCGGUGCGGCGAACGGGCGACCCUGCGACCCCGCUCGGAACAAGGACCGAGAUUAAGAAUUUGAACACGAUCAAAGCCGUGGAGGAUGCCAUCAUUGCCGAGCGAGAUCGCCAAAUCGCUGAGCUGGAGGCCGGUAGACACGUGGCGGGCGAGACGAGAGGUUGGACGCUCGGCUCCAAGGAGACCCGGAGGCUGAGAGGCAAGGAGGGAGAGGUGGAUUAUCGGUACAUGCCUGAUCCCGAUCUCGCCCCCGUGAUCAUCUCACGGGACCUCGUCGAGUGUCUUAGGCAAACCGUCACAGCGCCGCCGGAUACCGAGGUCGAUGCGCUCAUCAGCGAAUACGGGCUCACGGCCAAAGACGCUCUUUCGCUCCUGACGCUCGAGAACGGAGGCCGAGUCGAGUACUUUUACAACGUCGUCGACAAACUCGGGUCCCUCCUAGCCGCGGACGGCGAUGCCGACAGCCAGCCCCCGCCCGAGAUCCAGUCUUAUUCCACGCUCGCCGGCAACUGGAUCCUCCACGAGCUCGGCAAGCUCACCACGGAAAAAGGCCGCGUCCCCGUCGACGACCUCGCCGAGCUCCUGCACCUGCUUCACCGCGGCCGCAUCACCGGCAAGGUGGCCAAGCAGCUCCUCAUCUCCCUCUACAACGGCGACCUCGCAGACGCGGGCGGCGUCGCGGCGUCCGUCGAAGCGCACGACCUGUGGUUCCGCGAGCUCUCCGAGGACGAGUACGCGGCGCUCGCGGAGUCCAUCGUCGAGGGCAACCGGGACGUCUUGGAUAGUUUUAGGAAGAAGGGCCCGCAGUACCCGCAGGGGAAGCUCAUGUUCUUGGUGGGCAAGAUGAUGCGCGAAGGGGCGACGGAGAGGAUUCAUCCGGCCAAGGCGGAGGCUGUUCUCAAGGCGAAAAUUGCCGCCGUGAUCGACGCCGAGAAGGAUGAGUAA